AUGUAUCAUGUACUGAAUCUCUUACUGGUGCUAAGUUUGGGAGUGGUUCUAAGUGAGAGAUCUUGCUACUGGAAUUCUCAGUGUCCCUUCGGCCUCUUCGCCACCAGGACCCCGUAUGACGCAGUCCGGGGGGACAUACGAGAUUGGCCAUUGCUUGAGGGUUGUGAGGCUGUGAGCCUAUGGGCGCUGAUACGACAUGGCAACCGGAACCCAGGAAAGGGUGGGACCAUCGACAUGCGAGAUCUACAGCGGAAAAUCAAAGAUGAGAUUGUUGAGAAGUUCGACUACGAAAUGGGCACUAGUCAACUGUGUUCACAGGAUAUAGCGAACUUUCGGAACUGGAAAUGGAAUUCCACGAUGGAGACAUCACCUUCGUACUUAACUGGAACUGGUUACGAAGAGAUAUACAACAUGGCUGUGAGGAUCAAGGAGAAAUAUCCCCAGCUCCUUCUAGGAUCUGGUGACUCCUUCUACUUCAGAUCCACGGUGAAGCAGCGAACGGUGACGAGUUCCAUGGCGUUUGUGCACGGUCUGAGUGAGGGUACGAACCUGAAUCUAACCCUGGACAAACCAAGGGAAAGCGAUGAUGUUCUACGUCCAUAUGACAACUGUGACAGAUACCAGACCGAAGUGAAAAAUGGUCCUCUGCUAGAAGAACAACUUGAAGCCUUCUAUAAGACGCCGGAGUUUUUAGAAGUUCAAGAAGAUGUUCAAAGGCGUCUCGGAAUACCAACGCAAUUGAGCGCAGACGAUAUUUACAACUUGUAUGAACUGUGUCGUUUCGAUCGCACUUGGUCACCAGAUCUUAGAUCCCCCUGGUGCGCCGCCUUCUCCCCCGAGGACCUGCUAGUGCUGGAGUAUAGGGACGACGUCAGACAUUACUAUAAGAAUGCGUAUGGAUCACGCUUAAACGUAAAACUUGGAUAUCCAGCGAUGAAGAACUUGUACGAGAGUCUAUUAGCUGCCAAAAGGGGAGAUGGGAAGAACAUCGUGGCGUACUUCGCCCACGACACCCUGAUGGGGAUGGUCUACAGUGCCCUAGGGCUGUACCGAGAUGCUGAAAGUAUCACAGCGCAGUACAGAAAUCCGACCAGACAAUGGAGAACAACGUACUUGGCACCGUUCUGUACCAAUUUAAUGGUUUUCUUGAAUAGGUGUCAAGAUUCAGGCCAAGUAUCCUACAAAGUACAAAUCUUCAACAAUGAAAAGCCAACAACUCUCUGCCCCAUAGGGGGUUGCACUUGGGACCAGUUCGUCUCCAUUUUCCAGCCCUUCACCAACUCGUCUUUGGACUUCUGUAAAGUUCCAGGUGAGGCGCAGCAUCAGUACCUCCCGGGGGGCGCAGCGGAAUCAAAAUUAUUACCUGGAUUGCUAAUUCUAUCGUUUUGUUUGUUAAUGCAAAGAGAAUGA